AUGGUGGGCUCUGGUGUCGAGCUCAACGGCUACUCCCUCUCCGGUGGAUUGCUGGCUUGUGCUGGUGUCGGUCAGGGUGCACUUGCUCUCGGGAAGGAAAUCCAUGCCAGUGUGGUGAAGCUUAGCUUGCAUGGACCAGUUGACCCGGUUGUCGAGAACGGGGUUCGUGAUAUGUACUCAAGGUGUGGAAGCGUAGAGUAUGCAUUGAGAGUGUUCAGGGUGAUGCAUGUCAGGAACAUAGUUGCUUGGAACUCGAUGAUGGCAGCUCUUCUUGGGAGUAGGCAGGCUGAGGAUGCACUGAGGUUGUUUGUUUCCAUGGUUUCUUGUGGUGUUGCCGUGGAUGGCUUCUCAUUCUCCAUAGUUGUGGAUGCGUGUGGGGAGCUGGCAUUAUUGAAGCAGGGGAUGCAGGUGCACGCACAGGUUGUCGGUGGUGGAUUUGAGGCAGAUGUUGUUGUCAGGAACUUCUUAGUGGAUAUGUAUGCAAAGUGUGGUUGUGUUGAUUCGGCCGAGCUUGUCUUCAAAGCAGUUUCAUCAAAUGAUGCUGUUCUUUGGACCACAGUGAUCUCAGCUUAUGGUAAGUUUGGCCGUGUACAGGAUGCGGUCAGCAUGUUUGACAGGAUGGCAUACUUGGGAAUAAAACAAGAUGGCAUAGCAUAUCUUGCGGUUUUGUCAGCUUGUAGCCAUGGUGGACUUGUUAGAGAAGGAGAGGUUACCUGGAAGAAGCUCUUGAAUUCAUUAAGAAUAUGCGAUUUGACUCGAGCGUUGCUGCUUGGAGUGCGUUACUUAACUCAUCUCGAAUAUAUGGGAAUGCCAAGUUAA